GCUCCGCAGGCUGCCAUGGGCAUCCCCAAGACCUUCCUGCUCAGCCUCCUCGGCAUCGGGCUCUGCCUGACAGGCUCCCAAGCCCUACAGUGCUACAGCUUCGAGCACACCUACUUCGGGCCCUUCGACCUCAGCGCCAUGACAUUUCCCAGUGUCUCCUGCCCCCAGGGGUGCUCUGAGGCGAUGCUGUUGCUGGAUACUGGGUACCGCUCCCUGGUGACAAUUGUCCGGAAGGGAUGCUGGACCGGCCCCACCACCGGCCCCAUGCAGUCCAACCAGGAUGCGCUGCCUCCGGACUACGCGGUGGUCCGCGGCUGCGCAACAGACUUCUGCAACACCCAACUCAAGAACCACGAUAGCCUCCCCAACCUGAGCCAAGCACCUGACCCGCCGACGCUCAGUGGCACCGAGUGCUAUGCCUGCUUGGGGACCCGCCCCGAAGACUGCUCCCCUGAGAGGUCCCGACGAGUCCAGUGCCACCAGGACCAGAGCGUCUGUUUCCAGGGCAACGGCCAGAUGAACAUUGGCAACUUCUCGGUGCCCGUGUACAUCCGGACCUGCCACCGGCCGUCCUGCACCACCAUGGGCACCAUCAGCCCCUGGACGUCCAUCGACCUUCAGGGCUACUGCUGCGAGGGCCACCUCUGCAACAAGGACUCGGUGACACAGACCCUCCCCGGCGUCACGUCCCCGGCCCCUCCCCGGGCUCCCCGAAUCCUGACCCUGCUGCUUGUGGCUCCACUACUGGCCAUCGCUCUGGGGGGCCCCCUUGGGCUCACCGCGUAGACAGCGCCUCCAGCAUUGCCUCGCUUCUCACCACUCCAGCCCCUAGUGUGGGUGGGCUCCCUUUUUAAAGAUGGCGUCAAAAUAAGAGCCUCACUCCCGUCCCCCCAGCCACAACCUUCACCCCUCUACCCAUCCUUCCUGGCCCCACUGGUCCCACCUCCUGAAGGCGCGUUUAUCUGGGAACUAAUCAGUGCAUUGAGUGAGGCCCCUCAAAAUCCACCCCUGCCCAUCAUGCCUUCAACACGUGAGCCUUUUGUGAUACCUCGCAGCCAAAUCACACCACUCACCUUACAAACCCAUUUCUCACAAGGGUGGUUGGUGGCAAUCCCAGCACCCAAGGGGCUGAGGCAGGAGGAUCACUACUUCAAGGCCAAGCUGGACUACACUGCAAGUUGAGGUCCAGCCUUGGGCUACACUGUGAGACCCUGUCAGGCAGUGGUGGCUCACACCUUUAAUCUCAGCACUCUGGAGGCAGAUGUACGCGGAUCUUUGAGUUUGAGCUCAACCUGGUCUACACAGUGAGUUCCGGGACAGCCAAGACUACACAGUGAGACCCUGUUUCAAAAGAAAGGAAGGGGGGGACAAAACCCCUGCUUUUCAGUGUCUCUAAAACAGAACUGGCAUCCACACUACACCCCAGCAGUCCCACUCUUGGGUGUACCACCUCAAGAGAAAUUGGUUCAUACGCUCCCCCAAACUAUGUAGACUGGUAGGACAGUUCAUAGUAGCCACAAACUGAAAACAACACAAAUAAGUCUGAACAGCCAAAUGGCAUGAGGAGGUUAUGAUCCAGUCACACAAUGGAGUACUACACAGCAAUGAAAAAUGGCAGUUGACGGUUACCUGCCGUGGCCUUGGAAGAAUCUCGCAAAAGUGGUGUUGAGCAAAAUAGUAAAGACACACCAUAGAACAGGUUAUAUGAUUCCAUUCAGAACAAAGUAUAAAUGUUGGUUAAAAAUUAGUGCGUGCCAUUAGCAGCCAGUGAUUAUCUUUGGGGACAAGUGACCAGAAGAGGGAAUUUGAGGUGUUUGGAGGUCAAGACAUUGAGUUAUGGGAUCUAAGAACUCACUGACCCAUUUUUUGCACUUUUCACUAAACUUUCUGUUGUUGUUUUGGAAAAAGGUCUCAAGUAGCCCAGGCUGGCCUCAAACUCAUUGCAUAGCCUAGGAUGACCCUGAAUUCCUGGUCCUCCUACCUCGACCUGCCAGACGCUGGGAUGACAGAGUCAAGCCAUCAUAUCUGCCCUUUCUCAUCUUUCCACGUGUAUAUUAUU